GUUUCAAACUUUUUUUACUACGAAAUGUCAAUAUUGUCAAUAACAAAUUUGGGGGGUGUCUACCUUUUCUACUCAAGUACUCACAGUCAGCAUAUAAAAUAAUUAAAACAAUACUGAUAAAACACAGAAUAAAGAGUGCAUUGAUGUUUGAAUGAUUACAUUAUUUACUUUAAGUCUUAAUAUGUGAUUAGAUAUACAAAAAUGUAAUCCAUUUAAACAGUCAGAAUCUUGGAUUUUGACUUUACCCGGUAAUAUAAACAAAGUCAGUCUAGUGGUCUUGUUAAAAUGGAUUUAUUGAAAACUCCUUCAGUUCAAUCUUUGUUAGACUCCGAUUUGGAAUCAGUCGGAAGUUUACAAUAUAUGGACUUUGAAGAGUUAGAUGAAGUUGAGUAUGCUUUGCCAACAAGUGAGGCCCCCACCCUGGCAGAGGUUCUGUCCGCUGAGGAUGAAGGUGAAGAAAAAUACCGUUCAAACGUUGAGGAGCCUACCAGCUGCUCAGCCGUGCAAAUAGACUUUCUACAGGCAGUUUCCCAACAAAUAAUACAAGCUCAGGAAAGGUCAUCAGCAGGUGCUGCUACAGCCCUCAGUGUUGGCGCGCACGGAAAAUUAACUGUUGGCACAGCUCAUGGUCACCUACUGACUUUUUUUGACCAAACAUUGCGAUGGGUGUGUGAUUCCAACAUAGACCGUGGCGCCGUCUCAUGCAUAGCUUACAAUCAAGAUAGCACACGUCUCCUGGCCGGUUAUGCGAGAGGUCUCAUUUGCCAGUAUGAUAGCAUUCAAGGAGUUGUUUUAAGACGCGUAACGUUGGGGGGUGAGAUUUGGGGGACGCUACGGGUCACAUGGGCUGGAAUGUCUGGAUUAGCGCUGGAUACGGGUGGAUCCGUGUGGCUCAUUAAAUUCUCUCGUCCUCUCGGCGUGCGAUCCGCGCGCUCGUCUUGUUUAUUCUCUGGCGCCCGAGGAGAAGUAGUGGCCAUGGCAGCUCGCGAUGCCCGCAUCCUAGCAUUGGCGACUCUCUCUCGAGUGAUUAUUGUAGCCGGCGGCCGCGCGGCCGGCGUCCGGCUCGGCGGCCCGCCCGACACGCUGCCAGUAUUAGCGUGGAGCGACACAGAUGAACGCAUAUUAGUUUGCGGACGAGCGAAAACGCUACAAUGGCUCGCAGUAAGCGUCACCGGAUCCUCCAUAUUGCUUCGACCCGUGCACCGCGUGGAGCUAAAGAGUUCUCCACUGUGGCUGGGCUGGCUCGGCGGAAAUCUUGCAAUAUUUGACGCGGAUGAGAAUCUGAGACUGUGGGGCGACGAUUACGAUAAGCCACUGGAUUUGUCGCAAAUCGAACCGGUCUACGCGUCUGCAUUUUUUAAGGGUCUUUGGACGGACGGGCGCGUGUCCCGCGCCAUGUGCAUGGCGGGAGGCAGCGCGCUGGGCGGCGCGUGCGUGGCGGAGGGCUCGCUGUCGCUACUGGGGCGGCGCGGCGUGGUGCGCGUGCGCGCGCGCGACGUGCUGGCGCGCGCGCAGGCCUCCAUGUCGUCGGGCCGCCACGCGCAGGCACUGCGACUGCUGUGCUCGGCGCAGGGACCGGACGCUGCGGCGCUGGCUAAAUUAUUCGUUAUCAACAUCUCUGAAAGACCGCAUUUAUUGAGUAACAAGGUGUUAGCAGAUCUGGCCACCAAACUGUGCUUAAAAUUUAACUUGGGGGAAGAGCUUUGGUCUUGCCUGUGGGAGCAAUGUGCGGGGGAGAAAGUGUUCGUGGAAGCGUUAGGGGAAGCGGCGGUUCGCGGCGAACUGUACGAUGCAGCACCAUCGCCAGAUUGCUCACAGGAGCUGAUAGAGCGGCUGGCGGAGUGCGAUCCGGGGCUCGUGGAGCGCGUGGUGGCCUCGCUGCCGCUCACCUCGCUCGACCCGCACCGCUCCAGCGUGUUCACCCGCGACAAGGGGCUCUGGCGCGGCGUCGGCGCCAUCGCGGCGGCUUUAGGUGGUUCUAGCGGCGCGAUGAAGGAGCUAGUCGGGUACGUGGACGCGUCGUGCGGUGGCGGGGCGGAGUGUCGCUGCGCGGGCGGCGCGCUGCUGCUGGCGGCGGCGGACGCGCUGGGCGGCCGCGGCGCCGGCGGCCGCGCGCUGCCCGACCACCAGCGGCCCUCGGCCAGGCACGACGCGCUGCACGCGCUCUUAGCAGAGACGGAGCGCGGCGGGCGCUCGCCGCUGCACGUGCUGUGCGCGCACGACGCGCGCGCGUGCGUGCGGCUGCUGGAGCAGAGCGCGCGCGAGCCGCCCUUCGCCGGCCCGCUCGGCAAGCAGAACCGGCUGCGCGUCGCCAGGGCGCUGCUCGCCGUCGCGCACCAGUUGCAGGAACCUGAGGAACGGGCUGAGAUUCUGGAAUUUAUCACCGGGCAACUGAGCACGGGCGCGCUGCCGAGCGACCGCGAGGUGCUCGCGGGCGCCAAGGAGCUGGCGGCGUGCACGGCGGGCGAGCGCUCCGACCGCGCCUGGCUCGCGCUGCUGCUGCGCGCGCCCGCCGCGCCCGCCGUGUCGCUGCCCGGCGCGCCCGCCGCCCCCGCGCCCGCGCCCGCCCCCGCGCCCGCGCCGCGCCCGCAGCUGGCCGCGCACCGCGCCGCCGCCGCCGCCGCCACGCGCCCGCGCGUGCUGUGGCGCCUCGACGUCUUGCUCGACAAUCACGCCGAGGCUCUGCCGAGAUUUUUCGAGAUCGAGAGCCCUUCCGCCGCCGACGUCGACGAGCUCUUCGAGUAUCUCGCCUCGCGAACGGAGGUCGACUGCGUCGGCGCUAAGAAGCAGAUGGAGGACUACCUUUCGAAGCUUAUCGAGCUCCGCCCGCGAGCCGCGGCCGCUCUGAUGACCGACCGGUUCUCCGAUAUUCUGUCGACCACUCUGAGCGCUUUAGACGCCGAUCGCGCGUUCGAGUUCGCGGACUGCCUCCUCGAGGCGGGGCGCCUGCACGGCGAGACCGCUGCGGCCCAUUUUCGCAACCUGUGCGCCCGGCGACCCGCCGCCGCCGGGGCCUUCUUAGAAAAAAAUCCGGGCACACUACGUCCGGAGGAGGCGCUCGCGAUCGUCCGCGAGACGGGGGCGCGGGAAGCGGAGCCGGCGUGUCUCGAGGCCACGGGGGACCCCGAGGCCGCCCUGGACGUCCUGCUGAGUCUCGUCUCCGACGCCGAGGGUGAGGCGGAGGCGGCCUGGCUGAGGCGAGCGUGCGAGCUGUGCGCGAGAGUCGCGCCGAGCGUGCCCGCGGAGACCGCGGGCGGUAUGUGGGCGCGGCUGCUGCGACGCGCCGAGAGCAUGCCGCCAGCGCUGCUUCUAGAAGCGGCGGCGUACCUGCCGGAGCAGCUGGCGGCGCGCGUGUGCGCGGCGCCGCGGGUGGCGCAGGCGGCGCUGGGCGCGGCGCGCGGGCAGCUGGGCGCGUGGGAGUGCGCGGCGCGAGUGGCCGCGCGGGAGACGCACGAGGCGCUGGCGCGCGCGCUGACGGCGGCGCGGCGCGGCGUGGCGGUGCGCGGCCGCUGCGCGCGCUGCGGGCGGGAGCUGGGCGCGGCGGACGGCGCGUGCCGUACGACACACUGCGCGCGCGCGUGCCACGUGUCGUGCGACGCGGGCGGCGCGUGCGACGUGUGCGGCGCGCGCGUGCCGGACGCGGUGGUAUCGCUGGCGCCGCCGCGCGCGCCACAGCCUGCGCUCGCGCCGCAGGACCACAGCCUACAGUUAGUCGCGCCGCCUAGACCUGAUCUAGAAGGGAUAGUCUGAACGCAAUAAACGUAUAAUAAGGCCGGCAACGUACCUCCAACACCUCUGGUGUUUCUGGUGUCCAUGGGCGGCAGUGAUCGCUUACCAUCAGGCGACCUGUCUGCUCGUUUGCCUCCUAUCCUAUAAAAAAAAAAGAGAAAAAAACGUAUAUACCUAUAUGUGUAGGUACUGUGUGUAGAAAUAGAUAUAGAUAGGAGUUGAAUUUUGAUAGUGGGUGCUUGGCUGCUACGCGAAAACGGUCUUCAAAGGUCUUCCGAUUGGUGUUUACAUAUUUUAGAUAAAACAUACAGGUGCGAGAGAAAUAUAUGUCGUUUUGUAAUAACAAGACUAUCAUGAGACACUGACAUAUUAAACAUUUAAAAUCGGGUCACUCACGUAAUUGUCAAAGAUCGUGCACGUCGAUCGUUUUAAAUGAGUGACCCGAUUUUACAUGUUUUAAAUGUCAUUGUUUCUUACUUAAAGUACACCGGGCAUUUUCUGUACAUUGAUAGCGUGAAAUUUCGCCUUACCUAUUAUCGUUUUUGACUAAAAAAUACCUAUCUGUAUUCAAUUUUGAACCUUCUUCCCCAAGUUUCGAUAUGUAUAGAUAUUUAUAGACAUGACUGUACAAGAACCCCAAUUAGAAAAAACUUUUCUCAUUUUUUUUAUGCCAUAGGAGACAAACUGCCGGUGCCGCCCAUGGACACCCGAAACACCAAAAGUGUUGGAGAUGCAUACAAUUUGUAUGAAACAAAGACUUUUUUAUACCAAUCGAUUCCAUUCCUAGCCAAUACAUUCCUAGGGGUCAAUUUACGAUGACGUACCUAAUGUUAGGUACUUUUUACUGAAAGGCCACAAAUUGAAAACAUUUUCCUAUGGGAAAACGUGAAAUUUUUAUUCAUUUUUUGAUCCUGGAGAAGAAUAGGAUCGAUUGGCAUUAAAUAAAAUAAAUAAAUAAAUAUUAUAGGAGAUUCUUACACAGAUUGACUAAGGCCCACGGUAAGGUCGGUAAGCUCAAGAAAGCUUGUGUUGUGGGUACUUAGACAA